GUUAAUGUCAUCUUUUGAUAAAGCUAGGAAAUGGAUGUGGGAAACAAUUUUCACAAAUAAAGGACUGGGUUUAGCAUGCGCUGGUGUAAUUGCACUAGAAUCGAUACUCACGCCUCUUAUCGUCAAAUAUGUACCCUAUACAGAAAUCGACUGGAAAGCGUAUAUGCAACAAGUUAAAAUGUUCAGAGAGGGGAGUAUCACUCAUUACGAUCAAAUAGAAGGCGAUACUGGUCCAUUAGUAUAUCCAGCAGCUCAUGUAUACUCCUAUACAGCAUUAUACCACCUAACAAACGCUGGUACGGAUAUCGAACUAGCACAAUACAUAUUCACUGGUAUCUAUCUUCUGACGCUAACCUUGAUUUUGGGUAUCUACUGCAAGACCGAAGCUAUACCUCCAUACAUAUUACCUUUAUUGGCACUAUCUAAACGCUUACAUAGUAUCUACGUACUCAGAUUAUUCAAUGACGGGAUUGGAAUGUGUAUAUUCUACGCUUCUUUGUUAGCUCUUAUUUAUAGAAGACAUCUUCUAUCCGCUGUACUUUUCAGUUUGGCAGUUGGAGUCAAAAUGAACGUCUUACUAUUCUUACCAGCAUAUGCACUGAUAUAUACACUUCAAAGUGGCUUAUUCGGUUGCCUCAGGCUGGGGAUAAACAUGCUUACUAUCCAAGUACUGUUAGCGCGUCCAUUUUUGCGUACAGAUAGUAAAGCAUACGUCAGUAGAGCAUUCAAUUUAGGACGUCAAUUUCUGUUUAAAUGGACUGUCAACUGGAGAUUCAUUAGGGAGGACAUAUUUUUUAGUAAAAGCUUUGCUUGGAGUUUGUUAGGUGUACACGCCGUAUUACUCCUUUCGUUCGCUUUGUUUAAGUGGUUGCCUAGAGAUGGCGUGACUGCUCUCGAAGUAAUCAAACACACCCUUAAAUACCCAUCAAGGCGUCCUACUGCUCGACUCUUGAAUGCAAAAGAGAUUAGUCAGAUUGUUUUCACCUGUAAUUUGAUAGGAAUCAUCUGUGCAAGAUCAUUGCACUACCAAUUCUAUUCGUGGUAUGCGCACCAGAUACCUUUUUUAGCAUAUACUACGCGAUAUCCGUUGGUUUUUAAGAUAGCACUUUGUGUGGCAAUUGAAUAUGCGUGGAAUGUAUUCCCAUCUACGGAUAUCAGUAGCAGUGUAUUACUCGCAUCUAACGUGCUACUAUUAGCUGGACAGGCGUACUCAUAAGAAUUUUGUAGUAUACGUGCAUUUU